AAAGGCUUGUCUCGUGUGCCACACUGUGCGGAACCUCAUAGGAUUUUGUUUCCACUCGGUUGUACUGCAAAGUGACUCUUCCGUACACUUCCGGGUCGGACUUAAAAACACACACGUGAGAGAACUGAAGAAAGUCGCCUUGGACUGGAACCAGACUACAACAGGUUUAUCUUCAGUUGACAGGAUGGACGGGAAAGUUAAGGAACAGAAGCGACAUCAGCAGAAGCACAGCGGACCCAAGGCCGAGAGGAAGAAGCUCAAGAAGCAAGAAGGCUCCACAGAAGAGGAUGGACGGAAACGCAAUCCCAAGGCCUUCUCGGUUCAGUCGGCUGUACGCAUGGCCAAGACGUUCCACAGGUCCCAGGACAUAAAGACAAAAAAACAUCACAUCCCCCAUGUAGACCGGACUCCCCUGGAACCCCCUCCAAUUGUGAUUGUAGUAGUCGGGCCCCCCAAGGUGGGAAAAAGCACCCUGAUCCGCUGCCUGAUCAAAAACUUCACCCGUCAGAAGCUCGGGGACAUAUGUGGACCUGUAACCAUCGUCUCUGGAAAGAAGCGCCGCCUCACUUUCAUGGAGUGCAACAAUGACAUUAAUACAAUGAUCGACCUCGCAAAAGUAGCUGACCUGGUUUUGAUGCUGAUUGAUGCCAGCUUUGGCUUCGAGAUGGAGACAUUUGAGUUCCUCAACAUCUGUCAGGUGCACGGCUUCCCUCGCAUCAUGGGUGUGCUGACUCACCUGGAUUCAUUCAAGAACAACAAGACCCUUAGGAAGACCAAGAAAAACCUCAAGCACCGCUUCUGGACCGAGGUCUAUCAGGGGGCCAAGCUGUUCUAUCUGUCGGGUAUGGUGUACGGUGAAUAUCAGAUUCAAGAAGUGAAGAACCUCGGUCGCUUCAUCUCAGUCAUGAAGUUUCGUCCUCUGGUGUGGCAGACCUCCCACCCUUAUGUGCUGGUUGACCGCAUGGAGGACUUAACUGACCCUGAGCGAGUGAGGACAGAGCCCAAGUGUGACCGGACAGUGUCACUCUACGGCUACCUGCGAGGGACACAUUUGAAAAACAAAGGCCAGGUCCAUAUCCCAGGUGUGGGAGACUUUCAGGUUGCGGACGUGAACUUCCUACCAGACCCGUGCGCCCUGCCAGAGGCUCAGAAGAAGCGAGCGCUGAAUGAGAAGGAACGUCUGCUCUAUGCACCCAUGGCUGGCAUCGGGGGGGUCGUGUACGACAAAGACGCGGUGUAUAUUGACCUUCCCGCUAGCCACGUCAAUCAGCAGCAGGAGGAGGUGCGGCCCACCACAGAGCUGGUCCAGUCUCUCAUUGACACGCAUGCCACCCUGGAUGCCAAGAUGGCUGCUAGUAAGGUGUCUCUGUUCAGCGGCUCGGCCACCCUGGAUUCCACAGACAUGGGCGAGCAGAGCCGAGAGCAGGGUCCUCAGGAAGAAUGUGUCUGGGACCCCAACACCCAGCGGAAGAGGAGGAAGGUGGUCUUCACUGACAAAGAGGAGGAUGUCAGCGGCUCAAGUGAUGAUGAUGAUGAUGAUGAUGAUGAUGAUAGCAACAUUGACAAUGAAGACGGUGACCAGGAGGAGCAGGAAGAGGAAGAGGAAGAAGACGAAGACGAGGAUAACCUGUCCACAUUUCUCAAAGACACAAGAGCCGAAGCGGCCGAGACAGAAAAGACUGUAACAGACGCUCCGCCAGCGAAAAAACAGAAAUUAGAGGAGGGGAAGAAAAGGGGGGAGGAGAGCGCUGAGGUGCCGGCGUUUGCUGACAGUGAAGACGAUUUGGAGAUGAGCGAGGAAGAGAGUGAAGAAGAGGGGGAGAACGUGAGAGCAGAUUCUGGCCACUGUUCUGAAGAGGACAAUAAAGAGAGGGCAGAUGAGGAAGAUGAUACAGAAGAGUCUGAAGAGGAAUCGAUGGAGGAUGAUGCAGCUGUCGCCACAAUUAAGAAACAAGCAGCGAGUGAGGAGGAAGAAGAGGAAGAGGAGCAGGGGGGUCUGAGAUGGAAGGAGGGUCUGCAGCAGAAAGCAUCAGAAGCGUUUCUACGGCAACAAAAAGCUGCCCCCAAUCUCAGAAAACUGGUUUAUGGUUCAGUUGUAGAGGCAGACGAUUCUGACGAUGAGGAGCAGGAGCUGGGGGGGCUCUUUCGAGUCAGCCGCCCUCAGAACGGCAAAAAGUCCCGAGCCAAUGGGGUCGACAGCUCCCGUUUCGACCCCGACACCUCCCACAACUGGGACUUGGAGGAGAUGCUUAACUCCAUCAGGGACUGCUUUGUUACAGGGAAGUGGGAGGAGGACCAAGAUGCUGCCACACUGUUGAAAGAGGACGAGGAGCUGUAUGGUGACUUUGAGGAUUUGGAAACGGGAAAAGUCCACAAGGGCCACACUCGGGAGCAGGACCACACGGAGCAGAAUAGUGAGAACGAUGAAGAUGAUGAGGAUAAUGCAGAAAGUCUGGUGAAGGUGGAUGAUGACGAGGUCCAGAAGAAGAAGCGUCUGGAGAAGAAACAAAGGCUGAAGGAGCGCUUCAACGCGGAGUAUGAUGAUGAAGACGCCACUUACUUUGACGACCUGAAGGAGGAGUUGCAGAAGCAGGCUGAGCUGAACAGGGCCGAGUUUGCCGAUGUGGACGAUGAGACCAGAGUGCAGUACGAAGGCUUCCGACCAGGAAUGUACGUCAGAUUGGAAAUCCCCUCUCUGCCCUGCGAGUUUGUCACCAACUUCGAUCCCCAUUAUCCCAUCAUCCUUGGAGGUCUGGGCUCCAGUGAGGGCAACGUAGGAUACCUGCAGAUGCGACUGAAGAAACACCGCUGGUAUCACCGCAUCCUAAAGACACGGGACCCCCUCAUUCUGUCGUUAGGCUGGAGGCGCUUCCAGACCAUCCCCCUCUACCACAUUGAGGAUCACAACGGACGCCACCGUCUGCUCAAAUACACACCUCAGCACAUGCACUGUGGAGCAUCCAUCUGGGGUCCUGUCACGCCACAGGGCACCGGCUUCCUUGCUGUACAGUCAGUAGCAGGAACCAAAGCUAAUUUCCGAAUUGCAGCCACAGGAGUCAUCCUGGACCUGGAUAAGUCUGUGACCAUUGUGAAGAAGCUCAAACUCAUCGGCUACCCCUACAAGAUCUUUAAGAACACCUCCUUCAUUAAGGGCAUGUUCAACUCAGUGCUGGAGGUUGCUAAAUUCGAAGGGGCUUCUGUACGAACAGUAUCAGGGGUCAGAGGUCAGAUCAAGAAGGCGCUGUCUACACCGCCUGGUGCUUACAGAGCCACGUUUGAGGACCGCCUGCUUAUGAGUGACGUGGUGUUCCUGCGCUCCUGGUAUCCAGUGUCGGUCCCUCAGCUCUACAACCCCGUCACCUCUCUGCUGCUGCCUGCUGGUCAAAAGGACAGCUGGGCAGGCAUGAGGACCCUGGGGCAGCUCAAACAUGACCUGGGCAUCCGCAACAAACCCAUCACGGACUCUCUGUACAAGCCGGUGGUCCGAGCUCCAAGGCACUUCAACCGCCUCCAUAUCCCCAAGGAGCUCCAGAAGGCCCUGCCCUUCAAGAGCAAACCCAAACAGCAGCAACCCAAAGGAAAGACGCCCAGAGAUCUCCAGAGGCCCAGUGUGAUCAGAGAGCCUCAUGAGAAGAAGGUGGCGGCCCUGCUCCUUGCUCUGAGCACAGUCCACAACCACAAGAGGAAGAAAGCCCACACAGCGCAGCACGCCAAGCACAAGGAGUUCCUGCAGCAGAAAGAGAAACUGGAGGAGGCCAAGCUGAAGAGACAGAAGGAGGCACGUAAAAAACUGUACCGCAUCCAGGGACAAGUUGACCAGAAGAAGAGCAGGUCCAGUCUGAAGGGGGCGCCCCAGGACGACUAACUCACUGAAUCUGGACUCAGAAUCAUUUUUAUUGUGUUUUUCUAGAUGUAUUGAUAUUAAACACGAGUUGUUAAGGAAAAGUGA